AUGGGCACGCCGCGGCGGCCGCGCCCGCGGCAGCUGGCGCGGACCAACGCCAUGCGGAACUCCUCCUACUCCGCGGACGCCCCCGCCGGCGGCGACGGCGAAGACGACUUCUUGGCCUACGCCGCCGCCGGGGCCGGGGGCGGAGGCGGGUACGCGUCGCAGACCAGCUUCCGCAUCAGCGGCGGCAGCGGCGGCGCCGAGGAGGUCGCCGAGCUCUUCCGCAUGCUCGGCCUCUCCGGGCCCGAGGACUUCGCCAUCCCGCCCGCCGUCUACGCCGCCGCCAUGUCCCACCUCCCCAACGCCGCCCGCCGCCGCGCCUCGCUCGACGACUCCCCUAGAGCCGGACCCGAGGCCUCCUCCUCCUCCUCCGCACCAUCCGAGACCCCAGAAAGUUCUGCCCGCGACGUUGCCGUGGCGGCUAGGCCAUCGGCCGAAGGGGAGGAAGCUGUGCUGGCCACCGAAUUGGUCCAAUCGGAAAUCACACAGGUCACCGCACGAACGUACCAAGCACCAGGAGCCGAAUCGCAAACCAGAUUGGUCCAACAGGAGGUACUGGAAACAACCUCCACAUCAAAGGUCACAGCUGCGUCCAAGCCGGGGAAUGCAGCCGAAGAGAAGGGGAACGACAAGCCGCCCAAAGCAGCAACACUACGAAAAGAGAGGAGAAGGGAGCUGGUGGCUGUGGAGACGACAAGGGAGGCCACUGGUGGUGGUGCCCUGGCUGUCGUCGUUGCAGAGUCCACUUCAGCUGACGUUGAGCAUUGGGUCUCGCCGUCGCCACAUAGGCGGUUCAGGAGGACCAUCACGUCCUGGAUCAAGGGAGGGCACAUCGGGAGCGGAUCGUUCGGGUCCGUCUACGAGGCCAUCAGCGACGAUGGGUUUUUCUUUGCUGUCAAGGAAGUGUCAUUAAUUGACCAAGGAAUCAAUGCAAAACAGCGCAUCGUCCAGCUUGAGCAUGAGGUAUCUCUGUUGAGUCGUUUGGAACAUGACAAUAUAGUUCAGUAUUAUGGAACUGACAAGGAAGAUGGGAAAUUCUAUAUUUUUCUUGAACUUGUGACUCAAGGCUCUUUGGCAGCUUUAUAUCAAAAAUAUUGUUUACAAGAUUCACAAGUGUCAGCAUACACAAGGCAGAUUUUGAAUGGUUUGAACUAUUUACAUCAGCGAAAUGUGCUGCACAGAGACAUCAAAUGUGCAAAUCUCCUAGUUGACGCAAAUGGAUUGGUUAAAUUGGCAGAUUUUGGGCUUGCAAAGGAGAUGUCAAUUCUGAGCCAGGCAAGAUCUAGCAAGGGAACUGUUUACUGGAUGGCCCCUGAGGUUGCUAAGGCUAAGCCACAUGGGCCUCCAGCAGAUAUAUGGAGUCUUGGCUGCACAGUUUUGGAGAUGCUGACCGGCAAAGUUCCGUACCCGGAUAUGGAAUGGACACAUGCUUUGCUCAAAAUUGGGAGGGGAAUACCACCAAAAAUUCCCAAUACGUUAUCAGAAGAUGCACGAGAUUUCAUAGUGAGAUGUGUCCAAUCAAAUCCGAAGGACCGGCCGUCUGCUGCUGAGCUGUUAGACCACCCUUUUGUAAAGAGACCAUUGCAACAUUAAGGCAUCUGAUUGUGUUGCUAACAGAUUUGCUUGUACAUAAGCUGAUUCUAAUGUUACCUGUGGAAAGCUGUGGGUGAUGCUGAGGAAUGAGGAUGAUCCCGCAGCCCAGAAGUGUUCCUUGUUCACACUCGCAUGUUCAAUGUUGGUGGGAGGUCCGAACACUGAAAUUUCUUCCAAUCUGGUGAAAAUUUAGUGAUGUUCAGUUAAAAGGUAACUCUGCGGUACGGAUAAGAUAUUUCCACUCGGAGAUACCUUACCAAACAAAAAAGAGUUACCUUGUUGGUUGAUAGGAUUUGAUUGUUUUGAGCUCUUUGGUGUGUUGUCUCCCGCGUGUGGGUCAAAAUCUAUGUCACCAUGUACAUACCAUGAAUUGACACAUUUAGUUCUUCACUUGCCCCCUUUUUUUAA